AGCGACCAUCUCACAGCUUCGAGAAGAUCUGAAGAGGUUCUUGCUUCAACAGUGAUUGAACGGAACUUCGAUCUCGGCGAACAGCUUACUUCAUAUUUAUUUUAUUUUUUUACGAACAUUUUGAUAAUAAAACGACAAAAAAUCCGCCGAAAUGGAUUCUCAGAUUCGUCAGAACUACGACCGCGACUGCGAGGCUUUGAUCAACAAGAUGGUGAAUUUGGAGCUGUAUGCUGGAUACACCUACACCUCCAUGGCUUUCUACUUCCAACGGGAUGACGUCGCACUUCCUGGUUUUGCCAAGUUCUUCAAGAAGAACAGCGAGGAGGAGCGUGAGCAUGCUGAGAAGUUCAUGGAGUUCCAGAACAAGAGGGGAGGACGCAUUGUGCUUCAGGACGUAAAGAAACCUGAGCGCGACGAGUGGGACAAUGGACUGACUGCUAUGCAGUGUGCUCUUCAGCUGGAGAAGAACGUCAACCAGGCUCUGCUGGAUCUGCACAAGGUCGCCUCUGAGAAGGGAGACCCUCAUCUGUGUGACUUCCUGGAGACUCACUACCUGGAUGAGCAGGUUGAGGCCAUCAAGAAACUUGGAGACCACAUCACCAACCUUACCAAGAUGGAUGCUGGAAACAACAGGAUGGCCGAGUACCUGUUUGACAAGCACACCCUGGAUGGAGGCAGCAGCUAAAUGCAGCCCUCAUGUCAUGCAUGAUGCAAAACAUCCAGCUAUACUGCAUGCAUUUAAAAAAAAAAAAAUCAAUAUUGUCAUGCAGCUCUAAUGCUAGUUUUUAGGCUUUGAGAGGCUAAAGGGUUAACAAGUAUACGAUUCUGGCUCUCGUUGAUCAUGUGGGUUUUUUUUUUUUUUUUUUUUUUUUGUUUCAUGUACACUAAUUGGUUUUAACCAAGUGAAUUUGCAGAAUAAACAUUUUUGGCUGGA